AGGAAGGCCACGUAGCAACGCGAGCGAGCGUCGUAAGCAACGAUGCUUUCUUGAAUGCAACUUACCUUUUGCCAACUACAUUUGUUUAAAAGAAACGGUAACUACAGAAAACUACUAACAAAAACAGGUUUAGGAAUUGUUUUAAACGAAAUAUUUAUGAGUGAAGUUGCUUUUGAAGGAAGUGUGGUUUAUGCACCAGUAGAAACUCUAGUGUUUAUGGAUACAAAAACAGAUCACAAACAGACAAUAAAAAAUACUGAGCAAGCUUCACCAAAUACGGCAGUCAAAGAAACGGAGAUGUCUCAGCCAGAUAUUGAAAAUGAUAAUAUGCCUUCUAGUGCGUUGGAUCCAGCUGAGAAAUCUCAAGCAGGAGAAAGUGAAGGGCAAACGGAAAUAGCCGAAUCAAAUGUAGCUGAGAAAUCCUUUGAGCAAGAUGAACAAUUGGGUGAUUCGUCGAAAGAGGAAACCAAUUCUAUGUUUCUUCAAGAUCAAGGAACAGAAACGCAAGUGCAAGAAGAUGACAAUGUAGUAGAUUCUGAUGAUUCACACUCUUUUGUUGAAAACGGUGAUAUUGAUGGUAAUAAAGAAGAGGAAGAAUCUAAAGAUUUAUCUGGAUUCACGGAUAUAACAGAAAAUAAAGCAAUAGCAAAUAAAAAAGAGGAAGAGGCAAACGUCACACCUAGCAAUGAUAUUUUAGAUCUUGAGUGGAUAUCUAAAGGCUUGGUUCUAUUUCCAGAUUCAAGCGUUUGCUCUUUUAUUGACAAUAAUGACGGCAAUUCAUUCAUUUAUUCCGCUACUGAUGAUUUAAACGAUAAUACUUUAGAAGACUUAUUUGGGCUUGUUCGAGCACGUCUGGAAUCCCUGGAUACAUUAAGCUCUGAUUUAGAGCUAGUAUGCGAAUUUUCAGACUUGAAUUUAAAAAUUUCUGAGGACAAUGUUUAUGCCAAUCAGAUUCACUUAGUCGAUAUUCUAGAACUCUUAUCUGCUCAUUGUAGUCAUGGGAACUCAUUUUCUGUCUUAUUUACGACUCAACCUCGAUUUAUUGCUAGAUACAACGAGCUUGUUCAGGAUGUUUCUAGUGCUAGUGCAAGUGAACUGGAUUUAGCCGAACAAGACAAUGAGGAUUCGGUGAUAACUCCAGAUCUUUCAAAAGAAUCGGAAGAAAAUAUGCCUCCUGACACUAGUAAUGAUGAUCGGAUAGACGCUGCUAAGGAUGUAUUGGAUGAAGGGGAAGCCUCUUCGAACAAAAGUGAUGCUAAGAAUAUAGAAGUUUCUACAGAGGAGCAUAUAGCAGCAAAUGAGCAAUCAGGGGUAGAUGAUAAUGACCCGAAUGCUGAAAAUUUGGAUGAUAGCGCUCUGACUUCUAUUUUGGAAGACAUAAACAAUAAUGGUGAAAUAGCAGGAUCUGGUACGACUCCGUUUGAAUCGUUGCUGGAUGAAGAGCAAGUAAAACUUGAUGUAAUAAAUGAAAGUCAAACUCAGAGUGGAAAACGGAGACUAGAUGAUUACGAUAACAUACUUGGUGAGGAUUUGGUAAAUGAGGGCGAGGAUAGAACUCAUAUCACUUCUCCAAAAAAGUCGAAACUUGUCGCUUCAUCAUCUGAAGCAUCUUAACGUUCUUCGCGUAUAGAUAUAACUUGAUUGAGUAUAUCUGCAUUUGAACGAACGUUACAAUUGAAUGAUAAUCGUCAGAUGAAAGAUGCAUGGGAAUCUACGAGUUUCAAAUUUUGGAUAAGUGGUUUAAGGGUAACGCCAAAGGUUUGUGGAAACCCGACUGUGUUUUUAUUUUAUUUUAUUUGGUUUUUCUUUACGCCAUUGUUAAUGCCCUCGUUACUAUUGGUCUUUUGUACAGUACUUACAUUGUUAAACCGUUGUCAUUUUUCAAUGAUGUUUCUGCUUACGACACUUAAAAGUAUCCAUCUUUUUGCAUGAGCAUAAUAUUUUUGCUAUACGAUAGUUUUUUAAUUUAAGGUUGUUAGUUUUAGAUUAAUAAAUUCAAAUAAUUUGUUUCUUAAUACAGUG